CAGCGCUCUGCGCGCGCAGGGGUCAGAAGACUACAAGCGCCGGUGGCGGGAAACGCGAGCCCGGGAGAGAGGAGCCUAGGCUGCUCAGAGAGUGUGAGACAUGGAGUCGAAGCGGCGGCCGGCCCCCAGCGCCGGGCUGCCCGGGGCCAAGCGCCCGCGUGGGGGCGGCGGGUCCUGGGCCGAGGAGGACGAGGCGCCCGCGUCCCAGUUUGAGGAGGAGCUGGCCCUGAUGGAGGAGAUGGAGGCUGAGCGGAGGCUGCAGGAGCAGGAGGAGGAGGAGCUCCACGUGCCCCCCGAAGGGGCUGCCAUGGGGCAGCUGCCUCCGUCCGUCCGCGACGCCCGCUGGCUCCGGCCCGCCCCGCCAGCCCUGGACCCCCAGACGCAGGCCCUGGUCUUUCAGCAGCUCGAGAUCGACCACUACGUGGGCUCCCCGCUGCUGCCGCCGCCCCCCGGGGCCCCCGAAGCGGCUCCCAUCCUCCGGGCCUUCGGGGUCACACAGGCCGGAGUCUCCGUCUGCUGCCACAUCCGCGGCUUCGCCCCCUAUUUCUACGUGCCCGCGCCCUCUGGCUUCGGCCCCGAGCACCUGGGGGACCUGCAGCGGGAGCUGAACGCCGCCGUGAGCCGGGAGCAGCGCGGGGGCAAGGAGCUGAAGGGGCCCGCCGUGCUGGGCGUGGAGCUCUGCACCCGCGAGAGCAUGUACGGCUACCUGGGCCGCGGCCCCUCGCCCUUUCUGCGCGUGACCCUGGCGCUGCCGCGCCUCGUGGCCCCCGCCCGGCGCCUGCUGGAGAAUGGCAUCCGCCUGCCCGGCCUCGGCUCCCCCAGCUUCCCGCCCUACGAAGCCAACGUGGACUUUGAGAUCCGGUUCAUGGUGGACGCCGACAUCGUUGGAUGCAAUUGGAUCGAGCUCCCGGCGGGGAAGUACCAGCUGCGGACCGAGGGGAAGGCCACGCUGUGCCAGCUGGAGGCGGACGUGACGUGGUCGGACGUGGUCAGCCACCCCCCCGAGGGGCCCUGGCAGCAGAUCGCCCCCCUCAGGGUGCUGAGCUUCGACAUCGAAUGUGCCGGGAGGAAAGGCAUCUUCCCGGAGCCGGAGCGGGACCCCGUGAUCCAGAUCUGUUCCGUGGGCCUCCGCUGGGGGGAGCCAGAGCCCUUCCUGCGCCUCGCCCUGACCCUGCGCCCCUGCGCCCCCAUUCUGGGGGCCCGCGUCCUCAGCUUCGAGCGCGAAGAAGAGCUUCUCGAGGCCUGGGCCUCCUUCGUCCGCACCAUGGACCCCGACGUCAUAACGGGCUAUAACAUCCAGAACUUCGACCUGCCCUACCUCAUCUCCAGGGCGCAGACCCUCAAGGUCUCGUCCUUCCCCUUCCUGGGCCGGAUCUCCGGCCUCCGCUCCCAGAUCCGCGACUCUUCCUUCCAGUCCAAGCAGACGGGCCGGCGAGACAGCAAAGUGGUCAGCAUGACGGGGCGGGUGCAGAUGGACAUGCUGCAGGUCUUGCUGCGGGAGCACAAGCUCCGCUCCUACACCCUCAACGCGGUCAGCUUCCACUUCCUGGGGGAGCAGAAGGAGGACGUGCAGCACAGCAUCAUCACCGACCUGCAGAACGGGAACGACCAGUCCCGCCGCCGCCUGGCCGUGUACUGCCUGAAGGACGCCCUCCUGCCCCUCCGGCUCCUCGAGCGCCUCAUGGUCCUGGUCAACGCCGUGGAGAUGGCCAGAGUCACGGGCGUCCCCCUGGGCUACCUGCUGACCCGGGGCCAGCAGGUCAAGGUCGUGUCCCAGCUCCUCCGCCAGGCGGUUCGGGAGGGCCUCGUGAUGCCCGUGGUGAAGACGGAGGGCGGGGAGGACUUCACGGGAGCCACGGUGAUCGAGCCUCUGAAAGGGUACUACGACGUCCCCAUCGCCACCCUGGACUUCUCCUCCCUGUACCCCUCCAUCAUGAUGGCCCACAACCUGUGCUACACGACGCUGCUGAGGCCGGGCACCGCGCAGAAGCUGGGCCUGACCCCCGACGAGUUCAUAAAGACCCCGACGGGGAACGAGUUCGUGAAGGCCUCCGUGAGGAAAGGGCUCCUGCCGCAGAUCUUGGAGAACCUGCUCAGUGCCCGCAAGAGGGCCAAGGCCGAGCUGGCCAAGGAGACGGACCCCCUGCGGCGGCAGGUCCUGGACGGGCGGCAGCUGGCCCUGAAGGUCAGCGCCAACUCCGUCUACGGCUUCACCGGGGCCCAGGUCGGGAAGCUGCCCUGCGUGGAGAUCUCCCAGAGUGUCACUGGCUUCGGGCGACAGAUGAUCAAGAAGACCAAGCAGCUGGUGGAGUCCAAGUACACGGUGGAGAACGGGUACAGCGCCGACGCCAAGGUGGUGUACGGAGACACGGACUCGGUGAUGUGCCGUUUCGGGGUCCCCUCGGUGGCGGAGGCGAUGGCGCUGGGCCGGGAGGCCGCCGACUGGGUGUCCGGCCACUUCAUCGCGCCCAUCCGGUUAGAGUUUGAGAAGGUCUACUUCCCGUACCUCCUCAUCAGCAAGAAGCGCUACGCGGGCCUCCUGUUCUCCUCGCGCCCGGACUCCCACGACAAGAUGGACUGCAAGGGGCUGGAGGCCGUGCGCCGGGACAACUGCCCGCUCGUGGCCAACCUGGUCACCUCCUCCCUGCGGCGCCUGCUCAUCGACCGGGACCCCUCGGGCGCCGUGGCCCACGCCCAGGACGUCAUCUCGGACCUGCUCUGCAACCGGAUCGACAUCUCGCAGCUGGUGAUCACCAAGGAGCUGACCCGGGCCGCGGCCGACUACGCGGGGAAGCAGGCGCACGUGGAGCUGGCCGAGAGGAUGAGGAAACGAGACCCCGGCAGCGCCCCCGGCCUGGGGGACCGAGUGCCCUACGUCAUCAUCAGUGCGGCCAAGGGCGUGGCGGCCUACAUGAAGUCAGAGGACCCCCUGUUUGUGUUGGAACACAGCCUGCCCAUCGACACCCAGUAUUACUUGGAGCAGCAGCUGGCAAAGCCCCUGCUGAGGAUCUUCGAGCCCAUCCUGGGCGAGGGCCGGGCCGAGGCCGUGCUGCUACGCGGCGAGCACACCCGCUGCAAGACGGUGCUGACGGCCAAGGUCGGGGGGCUCCUGGCCUUCGCCACGCGCAGGAGCAGCUGCAUCGGCUGCCGGGCCGUCCUCAGCCACCACGGAGCCGUGUGCAAGUUCUGCCUUCCCCGGGAGUCGGAGCUGUACCAGAAGGAGGUAGCGCACCUGAGCGCGCUGGAGGAGCGCUUCUCGCGCCUGUGGACGCAGUGCCAGCGCUGCCAGGGCAGCCUGCACGAGGACGUGCUCUGCACCAGGUUGGAGGAUUCCCAGUUUUCCUGCCAGUACUCAGAUGGGGUCUUCUACGAUCUGGACAGCGGCAAGCCCCCGAGCUACCUGGAGCCCGAAGGCAUGGUGGACUCCCUGUGGGGCUGGACAGAGCCCCCACCCAGCCUGGCUCCGGCCUACGAGCCCUUCGACCCCUCGGCGGCCUCCCUUGGCCAACUGCAGGGCGUCCAGCUCUCCUAUCUGCCCGUGGGCUACGCCCCCGGGGGGCAGUUGGAGCCGGCCCCGGGCUCCGGGCUCGGCGCCUACCCCGAGGAGGACUUCAGGGGGCAGUCGCAGGCCCCGUUCGCCCCCUUCCCCAGCCCGGGCUUGUCUGAGGAUGAGGAGUUCCCGAUGGACAGCCCAGCCCUGGAGGUGUCCGACAGCGAGGCGGAAGAGGGCCUGGCGGCUGCAGGGGAAGGCAGGGGAGCCGAUGCAGGUGCCCGGAAGAAGCUGCGCCUCUACCAGUUCCUGCUGGGGCUGCUGACGCGGGGGGACAUGCGGGAGUGCGUGUGGUGGGUAGAGCCGGGCGCCGGCGUCUUCCAGUUCUCCUCCAAGCACAAGGAGGCGCUGGCCAGGCUCUGGGGCCAGCAGAAGGGCAACCGCAAGCGGAUGACCUACCAGAAGCUGGCGCGGGCCCUGCGCAACUACGCCAAGACGGGGGAGAUCCGCAAGGUCAAGAGGAAGCUCACCUACCAGUUCGACAGCACCCUGCUGACCCCCCGGCGGGCGUGAGGGGCCCUGCGCCACAGCCCGAGGGUCCCGCGCCCCGGGGGAGCCCCCCCUGCGGCCCGAGGGUCCCGCGCCCCAGGGGAGCCCCCGCUGCGGCCCGAGGGUCCCGUGCCCCGAGGGAGCCCCCGCUGCGGCCCGAGGGUCCCGUGCCCUGAGGGAGCCCCCCACCGUGGCCCAGAGAGCUGUACCAGGGAUCCCCCUCCAACCCUGAAAGGGCAUCCCUGGCACCCCAGCUACUCCUUGGCACGGGGAGGGGAGGCUGAAACAGCCCCCUUCCCAUCCGGGCUGAGGGAGCCGGCGCCAGUGUGCCCUGGCCCCGGAUGGGCGAGUCCAGGGUGGGGGGGCAGGACGACUCAGCCCGACAAGCUCUGGGACUGUGGGGGGCCACAAGGGCCCCUGAUCCAAGCACCUUCACCCCUGAGCCUCCCAACCCGGGCUGGACCCUCCUCCCUCCUCUCCCCCUCCAUAUCAGCAUUGAGGCCCCAGGCCCUGGGACAUCGCAGGGGGGGGAGGGGGGGUCCGCCGGGCCAGAGAGGAGGUGUUGGACCGGAGGGGUGGGAGGGGAGCAACGGGGGGACACACGCUCCAGGCGGACUCGGAUUCGCGUCCCGGCUCUCCAGCCCUGACCUCCCCUGCCUGCCUCCUUUUUCAGCCACGGGGGUCCCCGGCAGCCUCAGUUUCCCCAUGUGAAAAGGAGGACUUCCCCUGCCGCUCCCAAGUCUCCCUUGUGUGACCCUCUCUGUGCCUCAGGAGGGCCUAAGUUAUUAGAUGCCCCCAGCGGGGUGCGGGCUGUCCCUGAGGGCGAGGAGCACCCUCCGUCUGGGCGCUGGAGCACUCCCAAGUCUGAGCCCGGGGCCCCCCUCCUCCCUGGGUCGCCGGGUACAGGCCCUACCCUUUGUCCCGAGAGCCCCUGUAGAGAAGGGCGGCCAGUCUCGGGCAGCCAGGACUGUGGGGCCGGCCCGGGAGCUGCCCCUGCCCCUGCCCGCCAGGGCCUCGGGGCCGCGGCUCACCCUGCACUCGAGGAACUUUGCAAAUAAAACACGAUGAACACUC